CGAACCCGGUUAUACUUGAUAUUUGUGUGAAUGAUACAUGACUGUGUGAUUAAAUAGCUGCCUUGCAAAACAGGUAUUCAUGAGCAUGAUUCUGUGAGAAGUAACUUACUUGCUUGCUGCAAUUGAUUAUUUCAUUAUCCCUGCGAUCUCAGAACCUUUGGUAUCUGCUUGCAUAAUCUUUAUACCCAUUCACAUAAGUGCAUGCUUCUCUGAUAUAUUCGAUGCUGCUUAUAUAAGAAGUAUACAAAUUUGAAUAUGUGUACAAAAUUCUAAGAACUAGCUUUUAAUUCCCACAAACAUGAGCCUGUGAUAUUUGAGGUUAUGCACAGGUUAGCUGAAUUUUUUGUUAGCUGUGCUAAACUUGAAUGAUUGUGAAUCUCUGAAUCUGUCUGUCAGCAUAAUCUUCAUCUGUGGCAUGACCUGGGCACUUGUUGCUAAUUUGGGUGUUAUAACAUAGUUUAUGGCAUGUCUGUUAAGCUAUGAUUGUUUCUUUUUGUGACCAAAUUGAUUGUCUGGCAUGUCAGGAUUUUGGACUAGCAUUAGGGAUGAGAAAUCAUCACACAAACACAUUAGAGAACUCGCACAUGAGCAUGCUUCACAUUUUGAGUUUCCAUUAGACCAUGGUGUUGAUAAUUAUAGGGAUCAUUGUGCACCUUUUCUAGGUCCUGAGCUACAAUAUAUAGACCCUAAUUGUUAUCCACACAAGUAUCAGCCACCACCAGGGGAUGUUGAACAAUUCUGUACUCCCCUGAGCCCUUGUAUGCAAUCUGUGAUGGAAAAAAUCAAACUCAUUGAACAAAAUAAUGCUAGAUUUGAAUUGCAAGCAUUGUAUGAUCAUCCAUAUAACAACACCUCUGAAUUCCCCUUCUGCAGUGAAUCUCAUGCACAACCAUGUACUGAAUAUCCAUAUGAAACGAGGAUAGCCACUAGUGAAAACUCUCAUUCCAUUGAACAACUUAAUAUGAUUCUUAAAAUGGACCUGAUUCAUUUACGAAGUGAAGAAAGGAAGGAAUUUCAUGAUGAGAUGUUUGUUAUUCCUAUUGAGGUAAAUUUUGAAAAUAGUUUUUAUGUAUCUACUCAGGAAACUAAUAUUGAAUAUGAACCUAAUUUAGAGGUAAAUGAGUGGACUAGAGACACUAUGGUUUUGAAUAGAACAUUGAAUUCUUGUUAUAAUGAUGAUGAUGAUGUUAUGUUAGAAGAACAUGUUUGUUCUGAAAAUUUUAUGGAACCUUUGGUUUCAGAGACAUUAGGCUUUGAUAGUUCAACCUUCAGGAAUGAUAUUUCUUCUAGUAUUCAAUCUGCAUAUACAUGUGAUCUUAAUUCUGAUUUGGGGCUUGUGCAAUUGUUCUGUGAGAGUGUGCAUGCUGCACAACUUGUGUCUGACUUAGGGAAGGCUGAAUUUUCUGUAGACAUCAAUAAUUCUAUGCAUGAAAAUAAUUUCGAUAUGUCUAAUUCCCUUCCUAGAACACAGUGUGUAGCUCUCUCUGAUUUUCCGAUGCAUGAGACCAAAUUUUUCGAUAAUCAUGAUUCUGAAUUUGGGCUUGUUGAACUGUUCUAUGAAUGUGAGCAUGCUGCGACACUUGUAGGUGACUUGGGGGAUAUUGAUGUGACUGGUAAUGAUGAUACUUUUGCUUUCAUACUUGUGAGCAACAUAGAUGUGCCGAAUUUCCUGCCUAAGUCACAAACUGAGACUCUUCCACCCAACCUAGAUUUGGUUUGUAACAAAACUGUAAAACCAACUUUUCUAAAAGUACCUAAUCUAGGAUUGGAACUGUGUGCUUACCAAGUCCUCUUGGACUAUUUUGCUGCUAAGUAUAAUGUCUUUAAGGAGCCACAGUUGGAAUGCAUAUAUCGGCCCGUCCCUAACAAAGUUCACUUUGAAUUAGACCUUGUGCAUGAUGAACCCCUAAAAUUGUUAGAUUUUGUGUCCAACAUCAUAUCUAUUAAAAAUUUCAGGACUUGGGGUAACUCUUCUACAUCCGCAGUCUUACUUACACUCCCAUGCUAUAUAUGUGUGAUUAGAUUGUUGAUGUUUCUGCACAUCAUCUUUUGGGUUGAUCCUCAACUCUUUAGGUUGUAUAUAUAAUGGUGACUUUUUCUUGUAUAUAAUCCAGUAGGUAAUGCUAUUUUCUAGCUUUUUUGUGUAUGUAUAUUGUGCUAAUCCAAUGUGAUAUCAGCUGAUUUCUGUUGGACCUUGGCCAUGAAUAAUGGAGUUCUGAAAAUGCUUUCGCCGAUAUCUGGUAAUCUCUUUCCUUUUCUUUGCUCAGCAUGGUUCUCUUGGUGUGUUGUUCAAUCAUGUUCAUCUUUAGAAGCAUUGAGGACAAUGUUUAGUUUAGGUUUGGGGGUGAAAAGUAGAUACCAUUGACUGUCACUGUGCUAUAUUCUGAAACUGAACUCUGCCAUUAAAAAAAAAUAAAUGAAAAAUGGAGCUCAUUUACCUUGAUUUGUGAUACCCGUGCAUGUAUGAUAUCUUAGGGUUUUUAGUCUAGAUGAUGAGGCACCCCUGAUUCUAGCACAAUUCACAUGUGAUAUAGAAAAUUUGCACAUGCACGAUCUACCAAGCGUGUAUAGCGUCGGUGUUUCAUAGGUUAAGUAGGCUGCCAAUCAUCUAGAAUACUGAAUGAGACUUGACUAGCUUGUUCUUUGGUUGGUUGGGAUAGAAGUUGGAGGAUACGUUAAGAAAACCAACCAUCGAAUUUGACCGGGUGCAUCGAAAAGGGCUGCCUCUUGCUAAAAGUGUCGUGUAAUGUAUUUUUUCUGUUUUUGUGUAAAGGUGUUGCAUCAUCUUGUGUUUGUAUCUCUCGUUAUUCCAAAAUCAGUUGAGAAAGAAAUUCAGAAAAAGAAAAAAAAGAAAGAAAAGAGAAAUUGAAAUGAAUUGUUAUUGUCCUUCGUUUCAAACCAUUGAGUCAGUUUCUCAUUGAAUCAGUUUUUUUUGUAGUUAUGUUUCCUUUUAUAUAUAUGAAUGUAAAUAGUCUUGUAAUAAGCAAGGGAGGGUGUAUGCCAUCGAUGUACAACGCGGGUAAACUGAAAUAUCACCAACUCUUAUGGUGAACAUUCAGAAUUCUCGUAAAGCCAAAUAACUAGCUUGGCUUUGAAUUCAGUUCUUAACCUAAAAACUAUCUCUUAGUAAUUGGCAGUCAUAACUUCCUACAGUAAAUCAUUCUCUAUGCAUGUCUAAGGUACAUACACUUUACACUCUUAUCACAUGUCCUUAGUUGUUUCAGUGCUAGAAUGGUAUAGGUAGAUUGACAUAUCUAAUUGCUGCGAGCUAAAACUGAAAUGCAGGUAUCACUUUCAUGGAAUCUGAGCUUAUAUUUUGUACUAGAACUUUGUGGGAGAGUGGAAUGGUACACCAUGAAGCACGAAAUUUGUGAGCAGAAGUGCAGACAGCAGUAUCAGUGGAUUGGAUGAGUCGAUGGAUCAAACAAUAGUGUCAAAAGAGUGGAACAAAGAAGCUGUGGUGAUUUAUGGUUAAUGGGCCAAAUUGACUGAAGUGUCAAAGAAAGUGUGUAUUGAGCUCUCAUAUACAUGUGCUGGGUAUUGCUGCUGAACACCAAAACAUGCCCCUCAUCACUCUUUCCCAUCAACAUUUCCAAUCUCAGAAACAAAAAUUCAUGUUCUUCCUCUACCCGACAACAGUACCACUCAACCUAUUUUCUUUCUCUUUGAUUAACCUAGCCUUCUCUACUGCAAAACCACCAAACCAUCACCGACCACUCUUUGUCUCUUUGCCUAUUACCAUUUCAAAUCAAAACCAUCUCUCUAUCAUACCACAAUUUCUCUUCUCUCUACUGUUGAAAGUACGGCUAUGAAGUCACAAUCAAUAUUCAGAGACAUGGGACGAAAAUUUGGUUGUUCAAACUGAAGACUACACAUCAGUGGUGAGUUUCAAGAACAUCAAAUCCCUAAUUUUGUGGUUGUACUUUGUUGAAAAUGAGAUUGGUUAGAUUGGGGGAAUUUUUGUAUAAAUAGGGAUGGGAUUGUGAGGAAGAAGGAAAGCCUGGACUAGCCGGAGCAACUAGAAGUAGUAAAUUAGGUUUAAUUUCAUUUUGUAUUAUGUUCUAAACAUCUUUGCUAGGGCAUAUAUGAAGCCCUUAAUUUACUGCUUGAUUAUUCAUGUUU